AUGGGCAAACUUCUGUUACUUGUGGCUUGUGUACUUGGCACAGCUGUCGCCGGUCGCAUUCCCAUCAAUGUCCUGCAGGAGCAGAACACGCGUCCAUCUCUGAUGCAUCUGAUUGGUCUCCGCUGGCAGAUAAUACCGCGCAGUGGCCUGGAGCAGAUGGAGAAUCGCUUUAUGCGUCCCGUGGAGCAACAGCAGCGUUACGAUCAAGGCGAGGACAUCGAAUCGGAGCUGGAGCAGCGCUACAAUCGUGUGCCCCUCACUCGCGAUGUCACUGAGCAGCGCGUUGAUCAAGCUCUGCCCUCCGCCGAUGUAAACAGCGAUCGCCUGUUGCAUGUGGGUCGUCGUCGUCAACAGCAGCUGGAGCAGCGCAACAGCGAGCCCAACGACUAUGAGCGUGUCAUGCGCUUCAACAGACGUCGCCUCAAUCAGCAGCAGCAGGAGGAUGAAGAGGAAAUGAUGCCACUUCGUGUGAACCGCAUUGGAGAAGGACGUCGUGUGGGUCCCAUGUCCGAGGAGGCCAUUGUCCAACUGAUUCGUCGCGACAAUCGUUUGUCGGAGCUCAGCGAUCAGGAGAUCAUUGAGAUGUUGCGUCGCCAGCGUCAGGGACGUAGCCAGGAGCAAGUCGAGGACAGUCUGCAGAGUCUGCGUCGGGAUGACGAGCGUCUGGUGCACAUCAACCGACGUCGCAUGCAGCAGGGCGAGCAAGAUGACGAGCAGGUGAUGCCUCUGCGUGUCGGCCGCAUUGGCGAGGGACGCCGUGUGGAGCAGCGUGAGGAGAAACGUCGUGACAACCAGCAGCGAGGUGAGGGUCGUCGUGGCAGCCAGCAGCAGGAACAGGAGGAGGGACGUCGUGGCAUUCAGCGGGAGCAACAGGAGCAAGAGCAGUACAACCAGCAGCAAGUGAGAUACAACCAGCAACAGGAGCAGCGUCGGGAGCAGUACAACCAGCAGCAAGUGAGGUACAACCAGCAGGAGCAGGGUCGAGAGCAAGUCUAUCAGGACCAGCAGCUCGUUGGCGGCAACUCGCUGGACAAUCUGGAGAGCGUGCGCCGCGAUGACGAGCGUCUGGUGCACAUCAACCGCCGCCGCUUGGUGCAGGACGAGAUGUCGCCACGUCGCAUUGGUCGCAUCGGCGAAGGACGUCGUGUGGGUGAUGUAAAUGCCAUGACCGAGCAGGACAUUCUACAGUUUAUUCGCAGGGACAACCGACUGACGAACCUGAGCGAUGACGAGAUCAUUGAGAUGCUGCGCCGCAAUCGCCAGCGUAAGGUGGACAGCCGCCAGGUGCAGCGUGUCGAGGUUGAACGUGACCAGGAUGAUGACUUCGAGCGUCUGCAAAGUCUGCGUCGCGACGAUGAACGUCUCGUUUAUGUGAACAGACGUCGCGUUGAGCAGAGCCAGAAUGAUGAGUCGACGCCACGAAGCAUUGGUCGCAUUGGUAAUGUGAAUGGCAUGUCCGAGCAGGAUAUUCUGCAGUUCGUACGCAGGGACAAUCGCUUCAGUGGCGCCAGCGAUGAGCAGAUCAUUGAGAUGCUGCGGCGCCAGCAAAACGCUGGAGAGCGUGUUCAGCAGGUUGAGGACAAUGACGACAGCCUGGAGAGUGUGCGUCGCGAUGAUGAACGUCUGGUGCACAUUAACAGACGUCGCCUGGGUCAGACCUACUGA